GGACACAAUUCAAGUUCACCAUAAGCCAUGUGUCAAUGGACUGACUAGGUUUAAUGGUAUUUUAGCAUUCAGAAGGUCUUAUCCAAGCCUAUUUUGGUUUUUUGGUCCCCAAUUCUAAGUCUCCUGAAAACUCUUACUUCCUGUGGAUGAAAUCACAUGGGCAAGCCUUGGUUCUGCAACAAAUCCACAGUUACAAUACUGUGACUAGGUCUACAACUAGUACUUGCACCUUCUUCGUGCCCUUGGGCUCAGCCUUUGGAGACGAGGUACAUGUCCCCAACAACAAGUUAUCCUCUCCAAGUCCUUCCUGCGCAGCUGUCAUGGCUGUAGGCCUGGCAUUAGCCCUGUUCCUUGCAGCCAUUUGCAUGCACUGUUUAAUUUUGACAGCCAGAUCUUUUGAGUAGAUAGCAUGAAGCCCAAAUAAUACUCUUGUAACAUUAGUAUUGUCAUGAGAAGGUCAUUGCUUUGAUGUCAUUAGUGCUGUGUGCUUGUGGAAAGGGCGGCUUCUUACGUGUUUACCAAUGGGACUUUUGAAGCAAUUAUCAAGUAUAAAAAAUGAACAACAGAUCUAGAAUGUUUUAUUAGACUUUGUGUCAAGGUGGGCGAUGACCUUGUGCUACUCCGGUGUAUGCUUCCAGGCCCAGUGCUGGUUGCUGGAUUGCACACAAUGCUGUGGAAAAAGGCUCUUCCUCAUCUUCUCCUGGAGUCGCAUGUCCUCAUUCUUUGGUGCCUAAAUACUAUGGCAAUGGGUGCAUUAAAAAUGCCGAGGUGGCAUUCUAGUACAGCCAGGGCCGGCUCCAGGAACCAGCGAAGGAAGCAGGUGCCUGGGGUGGCCAACAGAAAGGGGUGGCACUCCGUCCAUCAUCGGGGCGGCACGUCUGGGUCUUCGGCAGCAAUUCCCUCUCUUUCUCUUCAGAAGCACUUUGGUGGCAGCUCAACCAGGCUUUUUUUUUCUUUCCUUCUUCCUUCGCCACUUGGGGUGGCAAAAAAGCUGGAGCCGGCCCUGAGUACAGCCACACUCACAUUUAGGGAGAGACUUUUCCCCUCUUACAACUACUUGUGUAACAUUAAGAUGUGGUGGUACAUUGGGAACAGCAACAGACUCAGGCAGGAUCCAUGGGCUCCAGGCUGUGUAGCGAGGAGGCCCACCGCAGCAAUGAGUCAGGGGCAUAGCUGUUGCUCAUAGUAAAGGACUCAGUAAUUCUAAUCUUAAUACUGAGCAUUUUUCUUCGAGAGCAGCUGUAACCACGAAGCACUCCAGUUUUCAGCUACUCAGUGAUGCUAUUGGCUUUGCCCAUGUUGCUUUGCCAUUCACAGCAAAGGAUUGCUUAAAACAGCACUAGCUAAGAAGAAGGUACUGUUCUUCUGCUUCUUGUGAACACUGCAGAGAAAUCAUCCAGCCCAAGGGACAGAUAUUCUUGCACUUCUCAACAAGGACAGCUCUAGCCAAGCACGGGCACUAAUGGACUCUGAAGAGAGCCCCAUCCUCCUUAGAUAGCAGUCACAUGUCCCCUUCCCCUCUUAGACUGGGUAGAAACCAGUACUGGAUCUUGCUGAAGGUAGGUUUCAUAUUGAUGUUGUUGUGAUGGACAAUGGUGGUGUUCAGAAGGAGGCAGCCUCGUUUUGGUGGUUUACAACAUUAUCCCUAUUGUACCCUACUCUACCCCAAACCUCUUCUGUUAUGGCUCUUUAUUUCUUAGUGGCAAACAUGCAGAUGACAGGAAUAGGGUGAUAAGGCUACGAAGGGCUAUACAGCACAAGCCUGACUUUCUGUAUUUCAGCGUGUUCUUAAGCAAAUCAGCCAUAUCCCAUCAACACAUGAUGUUGUGACAGGGUUCAUGGGGGCUGUCUCUCACCAGUGUUGUUUUUUUAAAAACGACCACAAUCACACACAGUUUGAGAGAUGGAAACUUGUUGAAUAUUAAACAAAUCAGGCCCAAAAGGAAUAUUGGUUAGUGAAAGACUUAAAAAUGACUUUAAAAAAGAUCUAGACCUUUUCAGGAGGAGGCUGGGGAGGAAGUAGUUUGUUUCCUUGAGAAAAAAAAUGUAGUUAAUGCUAGUGUUAGACAUGUUCUAGAACAAUCCCUGUGUUAUAUGCAUUGCAGACAUGCCUACUUGCUGUAUCUGCACACAUCAUGGCUCCACAGCCAGUAGCAGCAGGUGGGAAUGUGGCAUAGACCAGCCACCUUGUCACCUACUACUACUCAGAGCCCGUCUAGGAUAUAUGGUGGUAGAAACAGCGGCAGCCAGGCCCCACUAGCUCUCUGGUAUGCUAAACAAGCAGUGUAUUUCCCCCAAAAGUCCUCAAGUAGAGAAGACUUCUGAAAUACUAAGCUGUAGCCCAAAGGGCAGCCGGCAGCUGAUGUCAUAAUCAGUGAUGUCAGUGGCAUGAAAGUUCCAAAAUUACCCCUGGUAUUUCUCGGCUUGCCAUGGCUUCUGCCAGUGCAGUCAAAGGGAAACAACAUCUAUGACAAAAAGAAAGGAAAUGUCAGUCAAAGGAAGCGCCAGCUCUGUGGCGGUAGCAACAAUCCAGGAAGGUCCUGCAAAACGGGCGGUACUAGUUAGGGCCAGUAAAAAGCCUAAAGAGGAUAGCGCUUCAUCAACUCAGGGAAGCCCCAAGAUAGUGAAGGAGGCUAGAGCAGUGAUCAUAGACAUUGGCACAGGUUACUGUAAGUGUGGAUUUGCUGGAGAGCCUCGUCCCUCCCAUGUUAUUUCAUCCACAGUGGGCAAGCAUUUCCAGGAGACUGCUAAAACUGGGGACAAUCGCAAAGAAACCUUUGUUGGAAAAGAACUUCAGGAUGUGAAAAUACCCCUAAAACUGGUCAACCCCUUGCGACAUGGCAUAGUGGUUGACUGGGAUUGUGUCCAAGACAUCUGGGAAUACAUUUUCCACAAAGAGAUGAAGAUUCAGCCAGAGGAGCAUGCUGUCCUGGUAUCCGACCCUCCACUGAGUCCUACCACCAACAGGGAGAAAUAUGCCGAGAUGCUGUUUGAAACAUUCUGUGCUCCUGCCAUGCAUAUUGCCUACCAGUCCAGAUUAUCUAUGUAUUCAUACGGAAAGACCUCCGCUCUCGUGGUAGAAAGUGGUCAUGGCGUUUCAUAUGUGGUCCCUAUCUAUGAAGGUUAUACUAUGCCAAGCAUUACUGGAAGAGUAGACUAUGCUGGAUCAGACCUUACCCAUUACUUCAUGAAGUUAUUAAAUGAGGCUGGGAAAACUUUUACUGGGGAACAACUAAGUGUGGUAGAAGACAUCAAGGAAAAGUGUUGCUAUACAUCUCUGGACCUUCAGCAUGACAUGGGUUUGCCUCUCCAGAAACAGCAGGUUGAUUAUGAACUUCCAGAUGGGCACCUAAUUGCCAUUGGCAAAGAGAGAUUCCUGUGUGCUGAAAUGCUCUUCAAACCAUCCUUGUUAGGAUCACAGCAGCCAGCACUUUCACUGCUGACAAUGACCUGCCUCAAUAAAUGUGAUGCUGAUCUCAAGAAGAAGCUGAUGGGCAAUAUCUUGCUGUGCGGAGGUUGUACCACGCUGAGGGGUUUCCCUGAUCGCUUCCAGAGAGACCUGACCAAGAUGUGCCCCAAUGAUGACCCCAUCGCAGUAGCAUCCCCUGACAGAAAGUUUUCUGUCUGGACAGGAGGGUCAAUUUUGGCAUCACUCAAGGCCUUUCAGCAGCUCUGGGUUUACAGAAGAGAAUAUGAAGAACAAGGUCCUUUCUUCAUCUACAGGAAAUGCUUCUGAAUAUAAAGUAGACAAAACUGAGCUUAGAAUCAACACUGCUGCCCAGAGUGGACUGUAGAUGUUUAAGAACCUCUGUUUCUUUCUCAAGUGCUGGUAACAAACCAAGCUACUAAAAUGAAGUUUGGAUCUGUGUUCCACUGUGGCUGUAUUAAAUGCUCAUAGCAUUCUGUGUUGCACAUUAACAGCUUUUAUCUCGUCUGUUUCAUAAGAAUUUUCACUGUAGCCUAUUUGACAUAAGAGGAUUUACCAGCGUAAAAGGGAUAUAGCAGUUGGUACAGACACAUUGUCUACUGCAGUGGGUUUCAGCCUGUGGUUCAGGGACCCUGGGGGCCACAGACUGUCUAAUAUUUCCAAAGGGCUCCCCACUUCCAUUUGAAAUUUGUUAUGGAUCCACAAAUGAAAAAAGGUUGAAAACGCCUGAUUAAGCGAUACAGAAAAACAGCACUACUUCCAGCAUCUACAAUGAGUCUGCUGCUGACCACCAGCUAUGGUCAUAAUGAAAUUUUUCUAACUAAUGGGUUACCCCUUAGUGCCCAAAAUGGAUCCGGGCUGGUAGACUACAGUUUCAGAGUAACUGCACAUGUAGCUCCAUAGUCCACUCCAGGAGUGCUAACCAGGUCUCCUGCAACAACCUGGCUCGGGGCAGAGACCUUUGUCCCACACCUUUCUGAUUGGAGGAGUUUAAGGGCACACAGCCCCUGCCUUACAUUGCGAUAUCCUUAGCAAGCCAGUCUGCCUAAGGGCCUGUGUCUUGCUUUUUUUGAGGCCUAUGAACAGUGUAUAGCCAGCACUUACAAGUUACCACACAGCGCCUUCAAAGCAAGCAGAUUUAUUCUUAAGGUGAAAGAAUUACAGCUGAAUCAUCAUAAAAAACAAUAGCUGGUUUUAAACAUGCUCCAUAGGGCUCUAGUACACUUAAGUCUUUCCAACCCUUCCACAAGGGUUGACGCCCCCUUGGACAGAAGGUCUUGUCCAUUUGCUGGAUUAGAAAAAAGAUCCUCUGUCAGUUUAAAUGCUGCCCUUUUACACCAAAAGCCCUUUCUUUUGUCCGCUGGUCUCAGGAAAACCCAGUAGGUGCGAGCUGUCUGUUAGCAGGGGUGGUAUGUCUUGGGGAGGUGAGGGGGAUGUUUACAGCUUGAGUGAGUCACCACAAUCACCCUCCCAUUAUUAGAGCCUUGCAGAGCUGUGGCAACCCUUCCCUGUAGAGUUGCACACAAUCCCUGGCCCAAUAAUCCAUAAACCAUUCAUAACCUACAUGCAAUUGCAAUAUCCGUCACCCUCAGAUUGUGAAGUCCCAGUGGAAUUCUGCUAGCGAAGUGUAUGAAUUGUACAGGAGAUUUGCUAGCUGUAGAUUUAUUCUGUCAGCCUGAUGAAAAUGGUAAGUCCCUCCCUCUUUUAGCACAUCACUUGUACCUGGAGAUGGCUUGUGUGUGCCAGCCCUUUUCCCAGGAUA